UCUCUUUACUGUCAGUCAUGUUGACUUGAAUCACCGACAACACAUGUUAGCAUUUCUUUUCGCAGAUAUUAGCAGAGCCAGACGCGAGUUUUUUGCACUGACGAACGCCAUGGCAGUGGCCUCUUCUUCCUUCACCCUUCUACGUAGCUAUGCAGCAGCUUCAAGGGCGUUUUCGGCUAUAAGAACCUCACCGAGAGUCUCCCUGAAUUACGGUUCCAUUAAAUUCCUCCUUCCUAUUCAAUCUCGAAGAUCCCUGUCUUGCAUUAAGGCUACAAAUGAUGAAGAGGCUUCUGCUAAAGCAGCUGCGGCCAGUGCUGAUAGUGGAGCUCCAACCAUAUUUGACAAGAUCAUAGCAAAGGAAAUUCCUUCAACCAUUGUGUAUGAGAAUGAAAAAGUACUAGCGUUCCGAGACAUCAACCCACAGGCCCCUGUCCAUGUUGUAGUAAUUCCAAAAUUCAGGGAUGGACUGACACAGCUUGGGAAGGCUGAAGCAAGGCAUGGAGAGAUACUGGGUGAACUUCUAUACGCCGCCAAAAUAGUGGCUGAGAAAGAAGGCAUUCUUGAUGGAUUUCGUGUUGUUAUCAACAAUGGUCCAGAGGCCUGUCAAUCUGUUUAUCAUCUCCACUUGCAUGUCCUGGGUGGGAGACAGAUGAAAUGGCCACCCGGUUGAAAAUCCAAAAGCAACCGCUUGUCAAGAUGAAUUAUUCUUAGUCUGAACUCUGAAGAUGCUUUAUCACAUGGUUCUAUUCUGCACUGACAGAUUCAAAUUUGCAGCAGCUAAAUGCAACUUCGUUUUAGAACAAUUUUCUCCAUCAUAUUUUCACGAAUUACUUUUGCUGUUACAUAAAAUGGUUUAAAGUGGAAGGUGGGAUUGGGCAAUGGUUUUGC